CAAGCUGGUAGCUUUAACUAGUCAUAUUUCGAAGCUCUUGUAAGGUGCACGUUCAUUGCGCGUCUUCCGUUAAUUUAACGGAGGGAUUAAAGUUUUCCAUUUAGUACCUAUAUUAAAUAUAAAAGUCCCGUCAUUAUUAGACUAUUCAUUAUCGUGUGUAAUAAAUACUUUAGUUACUCGAUGAAAAUUCGGUUUAAUUACGUGGUUUCGGCCAUCGUUGCCUUCGCUUUCAUCGUUACUACGGCGAACGCGAAAAAUGACCCGCAGAAUCCGGUUAAAAAUAAUCGGUCGAGUCCGGUCAAACUCAGAGCAAGUAUGGCCGACAACGCGAUCACGACGACUUUUAUUAAAGGUACGGCCGCCGCACAGAUGGUGAUAAUCUCCAACGUAGAAAAGGUAACCGAAAACCAGACGGACGAAAAUCAAAUUUUUAUCAAAAGAUAUACCAACACAAAUCAUCAAAAGGCGAUCAUCAAACCUGGAAGCAGAAAAUGUAGGGAGGGAUUUAUUAAAACGUCUAGCGGAGAUUGUAAACCAAUAUUUCGAGAAGAAUAAGAUUGACGCAGUCUCAUUGCCAACGAGUGCAGGGCUUAGAAUAAUAUACACAGUGAUUCGCCAAGUAUGUGCAUGUGCACCACCUUUUUUUGCCCAUAUUUUCAAAUUCUUGUGCAUUUUUGUAAUACUUAAGAAGUUUUAUGUGGAUAUACAAACUAGAACAUCGUUUUUCUAACGUGAAUAAUUUAGAUCAUCAUUUUACUAGACAUUUGGAUGUAUUAAUCGAGUAGUUUUUGUUAUAUUUAACUUUGGGUAGGUACUAAGGAUAAUAAUAUUAUGUCUAUAAGGUAAUGGGUUAGAAGAUAAAAUGCUAUGGUGAUUUAGGACUAUUAUCAAUACAUUUUAAUAAUUAUAUUAAAUAAGUUCAACUCGUUCAAGUUAAUUAUAGGAACAAAGUGAAAAGAGGAGUUUUCAAUAAAAAACAGAAGUUUGUGUCACCACACGACACUCUUUAAGUAAUAUAAACAAAUUCAAUAAUUGGAAAAACUGGACUUUGAGUAUAUUUUAUUAUUAUUGUAUACCUAUUUGAUUAAAAUGUAAAGUGAUUACUUAUUAUAUGUAUUUAAAAUGUUAUACCUAUGUCAUAUUUUUAACUUCAGUAUAUUUCUACAUUUACAAUUAAAUAAAUGUAUUAUGUGUGUUAAGGCAAUUUCAUUUUAAAUAAUAAAUAUUAUAUUUUUAUUUAA